UACGAGAAUUUUAUUGCAUACUCCAUGACAUUUAUUUUUCAUUUGAGUUGGGAUCUUUCUGUGCUUGCUGAUUUGUACAGUUCGGGUUUUCUUCCGAACAUUUUCCGAGCACUUCCGAACACAACUUGAACUUUGAUAAAGUUCAUCUUCGAUGGUGUUAUGCAGAGCGAUUGUCUCGACUUCUUUAACUUUCUUUUGGCAAAUCUAUAAUCGUUAAAUGAAUCCAGACAUUGCCCGUGAGAGAUCGCAAGCCUCCUUCAGUGUACAGGAGCUGAUAAAUUUGCUUGAUGGAGGCAAGCAAAACACCGAACGAAGGCGAUACGUUGAAUCUUUGCUGUCCCAGGAGCCCCUUUUCCAAAAGGAGCAGGAUUUCUUCUUGUCUCGUGAGGAGGCCUUUGAUCUGGUUGGCCAAAGAGCUUUGAGAGUUUUUCAAAUAGUCAAAGAAAACAAAAUUACUAGCAGAGAAGAUAAUAGGCAUUUAUCUAGGGGUAUUGAUCUUGCACUUCCAUCAGAACUUCACCGCGUUAUGUUUAUGCCGACUAUCAAGCUUAUGGGUACAAAGGAGCAACAAGAAAAGUGGUUACCAUUAGCUGAGAUGCAUCAAAUUCUUGGUACAUUCGCCCAGACAGAGCUUGGCCAUGGAACAUUUGUACGAGGACUGGAGACAACAGCAACAUAUGACAAACAGACACAGCAAUUUGUACUCCACAGCCCAUCACUGACUGCAUCUAAAUGGUGGCCAGGAAACUUGGGACAUUCUACCAAUUACUGUAUAGUAGUAGCUCGUCUUAUCAUUGAUGACAAGGAAUACGGGCUCCACUAUUUCCUCUUACAGACUAGAGAUUUGAAGACUCACCAACCUCUCCCAGGUGUAACUAUUGGUGAGAUUGGACCCAAAACCUCCAGGUACUAUAACGUCAAUGACAAUGGAUUUUUACUGCUCGACCAUGUCAGAGUACCACGUGAGCAGAUGCUAAUGGGACUGGCCCAGGUGAAUUCCAAGGGGGAGUUCAUAAGGAAAUCAAGCAAAGGUGGAGAAAAAGCCGUUUAUGCCCCUAUGAUGCUCAUUCGGGCAGGAAUACCAUUUAAUGUGUUCUACCAGCUCUCCAGGGCUAUGACUAUUGCUAUCCGCUAUAGCACUGUCAGACGGCAAAGUGAGAUAAAGCCAGGUCAGGGGGAGGUACAAAUUCUAGACUACAAGUCACAACAAGACAAGUUGUUUCCAGGGCUUGCUCUGGCGUACGCGACCUGGUUUGCAGCAAGUGGUGUAUACAAGGAAUUCCUAAACCAGAGCGAGAACUGGAGCAAGGGGAACUUUUCUUUCCUACAGGAGUUGCAUGCGCUGACUAGCGGGAUGAAGGCGUUUUCCACAUCACGUGCCCUAGGCCAGGUGGAGACUUGUCGGUUAGCCUGUGGUGGGCACGGCUUCUCAGCGUUUAGUAAUCUUUCGGAGCUCCAUGACUUGAUCAGUGCGGGGUGUACGUACGAGGGCGAGAAUACUGUCCUCAUGCUGCAAGUGGCGAGGUUCCUUGUGAAGUGUGUAGCCAAAGGUCGCAACGGGAGUGACCUACACUCGACCGUGACAUAUUUGAAGGGGGCUGGGUCCAAGGGCACGUUCCACACUACCGCUGACGAGUUUCUUGACCCGCGGGUUCAGGUUGAAUUGUACAGAGAAGCCUCGUUCAGGUUGGUCACAGACACAGAGCACAGACUGAAGGCCAAGGUCAAGUCAGGAAUAGACCCAGCAAUCGCCUUCAAUGAGCUUUCGGUGGACUUGAUUCGAUGCGCAAAUGCCCAUAUGUCCUACCUGGUGGUCAAGUACUUCAUAGAAGCUUUAGAUACCGACUUUGCCAAAGCUAGCCAUCCAAUCAAGUCGGUGCUCAAAAGCGUGUGUGACAUCUUCGCUUUACACGGAAUAUCUGAAGAGUCAGGACGCUUUUUGGAGGUUAGCGUGAUAACCCCGAAUCAAGUGGCAAUUGUUAGAGAUCAAAUCAUGGAGCUUUUUUCUAAGAUAAGGCCAGACGCGGUCGCUCUUGUUGACGCGUUUGACUACUCGGACUUUGUCCUCAACUCCGCACUCGGGCGGUACGACGGUCAGGUGUACCAGCGGUUGUUUGAGCUUGCGCAGAAGUCGGAGCUCAACAAGAAAAAGGUCCAGCCUUCAGCAAAGAAGUACUUGCAAGAGCUACAGAAAUCGAAGUUGUAACAUUUUCCGACACAGUGAAUGUUUCAUUCAAUGCGGGGCAUUUCGCCAACAAGAAGCUCAAACUCAACAGUUACAGUGUCGUACCAAAGAUACAUUUUCAGCCGAAGCUCCCUCCCGGUAUAUGGUGGAGCAUUAUACCUACAGGAAUUGCACAACUAAAAAUAAUACGUUUUUAGAAAUAGAUACGUUUGUGGAGCUCAUUUGUGUCACCAAGCAGAACGUUAUACUAAUAAAUCUAUUAAUUAAAACUA